GGGGGGGGGAGAUGUAUAUAACUUCAUGUUGUAUUAAAUUGUUGUAUCGGUGCCCAAGCUGUCAACUUCCUUUUAUGUAUGGAAUCUUUUUAAACAGCGUUUCCGACCACAGACAUGUGUAGCUUCAAAUUAAUUUUGUUUAAAUAUAAAUACUUAUUAAAGACUUUUAUAGAAUAAAGAAUUCGUUGUCUAUGUUCCGAUCUGCCCGUCGUCGUUUUUCUUUAUUACAAAAAUAGAUAUAUAUAUAUAAACUUGAAAUGUUAAUAGGCAAAUUUAAAAGUUAAAAUGGCUGACAGACGUGGAAAUCCACCGCGGAUGUUGCAAUGCAUUAGCUUGAUCUCUUGUUACUUUGUGGUGUGCUGUUCUGAACAAAGAAGAUUUAUAGAUGGAACUCGUGGGACAGCUGACAACAAUGACAACUCAAAUCCUAUUCAGAAGCGAUUUUCCUUUGCUGCCUACUAUGGUGAUCACAUGGUUCUUCAGAAAGCUCCUCAGCGUGCUGUCAUAUGGGGCUACAGCCCUUAUGUGUAUGAAAUGAUAAAUGUUUCUAUGGACAAACAGACAACACAAGUGUUAGUUGACGUACAUGGCUUGUGGAGGGUGACCCUUGACCCUGUAAAUGAGCCUGGACCUUACACCAUCACAGCCAGAAGUUCGGUUGGGGAGAUAACUCUCACCGACGUCCUGUUUGGAGAUGUUUGGCUCUGUUCUGGGCAAUCAAACAUGCAGUUUACAACGGCCCAGGUGAUACUUAUUAUUAAUUUGAUGUGAUAAUAAAUUGAUUGUUUUACUUCAAAGAAAAUAACGGCAAUGAAAUAAAAAUGCUGAAUCAAUAUACAGUUCAAAACAUUUUAUAAUUGUAAAGUAAUCUGAAUUGUAAUUCAUGGGCAUCUUAUCGUAGAUGCUACUUUGAUCUCUGAACAAUGUCUUCAGAUGGCACGUAAACAGUUUAAUUGAUUCCCCUUUAAUACCCAGCUUACUGUUUUAUCAUUUACACAUGCCAUCUUCCUCUCAAUCAUAUGUGAAUUAUUACAUUCCUCCUCUGUCAUUUCUUACUACCAGCCUUCUUUUUCAGAACAAUAAAAUAAUGUAAAAGUUAAUCAAUCAAACAUCUAUUAGCUAGUAGUAUUUCCUUCAAUACAUUUCUUUCCUGGUUUUUCUGGGUGUUACAGCAUGCCGGCAUGGUCAAUCGGGCAGCUUUAUUUAUACUUAUAAUUAUUUUUUUAUCAAGAGAGUAAAACUAAAAAAGGAUGAAUAAGUUGAAACAUUGUAUUAGUACGUUUACGUUUCAUUAGAUAUUUGCA